GUGGCCAGCGAGAGAGUGGUACCCAGUCGAGUCUACACCUCCGUGUGGACGCCAUGUUGUCGUGGGGGUGGUGGAGGGGCGGCGGGCUGGUGGUGCUCCUGCUGGUGGUGGCCACAACUCCACAACACGCCCACGCUACGCCCACAAUAUCAGGCGAUAGUCAAGCAUUAAUACCUGGAGAAGGAGAGGUGGUGGAGGGCCAACAUGUGGAGGGCCAACAGGUGGAGGGCGAGCAGGUUGAGGGCCAGCAGGUAGAGGGCGAGGCGGUGGAGGGCGAGCAGCAGCAGCAGGAAGGAUUGUUCUCACGCUGGAAGCGCCUCAAGGACGAGUUGCUGGCCUUCAAGGGCCACCACCCCGAGGACGACCCCUCCGCCCAUCAGAGACGCAGGAGGACACUCUUCCCAGCCGGAUACAGCGGGUGCUCGUGCUCCGACCUGGCAGCCCUGGCCGCCCAGAUCGCCAUCUUCGAGGAGGACGUGAAGCAGGUGGCGGAGAUGGAGAACAAGCUCACCCUCAUAGCCACCUCCAUCAAGCAACUGGGAGCUUGGGUCGACUCAGGUGUGAAGGGCCCCACCGGGCCCGAGGGCCCCCCAGGGCACCCAGGGCUACCGGGGCCCCCCGGGGAGACGGGGGACGAGGGCAGCAGCACCUCCAGGAGCCGCCAGGGGGUCCCUGGACCCCCUGGCUACCCGGGACCCCCGGGACCGAGCGGUCCCAAGGGUGCCACAGGCGACUGUAUCAAAGGCAACAAGGGUACAAGAGGCAGGAAGGGCGACCCUGGGUUGGAGAUUCCAGGCAGGAGGGGGGCCCCCGGGCCCCCAGGAGUCAGGGGGGACCCCGCCCCGAAUCUCGCCACCCUUGGUGAUGAAGCGAAAACACAGUAACACCCGAAAAAAUAUUGCCUAGCACAACACAGCCUAACACGGCCUAACCUAACCUUGCGUAGCCUAGAAUAAUGUUAUUGAGGGUUUUGACACUGAAGACGAACUUUGGGUGAAGAGAACUGGACGGGGGCCAACCACGCGCCGUCUCAAGGACGGGGGCCAACCACGCGCCGUCUCAAGGACGGGGGCCAACCACGCGCCGUCUCAAGGACGGGGGCCAACCACGCGCCGUCUCAAGGACGGGGGCCAACCACGCGCCGUCUCAAGGACGGGGGCCAACCACGCGCCGUCUCAAGGACGGGGGCCAACCACGCGCCGUCUCAAGGACGGGGGCCAACCACGCGCCGUCUCAAGGACGGGGGCCAACCACGCGCCGUCUCAAGGACGGGGGCCAACCACGCGCCGUCUCAAGGACGGGGGCCAACCACGCGCCGUCUCAAGGACGGGGGACAACCACGCGCCGUCUCAAGGACGGGGGACAACCACGCGCCGUCUCAAGGACGGGGGACAACCACGCGCCGUCUCAAGGACGGGGGACAACCACGCGCCGUCUCAAGGACGGGGGACAACCACGCGCCGUCUCAAGGACGGGGGACAACCACGCGCCGUCUCAAGGACGGGGGACAACCACGCGCCGUCUCAAGGACGGGGGACAACCACGCGCCGUCUCAAGGACGGGGGACAACCACGCGCCGUCUCAAGGACGGGGGCCAACCACGCGCCGUCUCAAGGACGGGGGCCAACCACGCGCCGUCUCAAGGACGGGGGCCAACCACGCGCCGUCUCAAGGACGGGGGCCAACCACGCGCCGUCUCAAGGACCUCCACCAAUGAGCCUAACAGCAGCAGAUCACCAGGAUGAUCACUAUGUCUGGGUUAGGUUGGUUGAGCCCGGGGAGGCGUGCUUGAAGACGGCUCCAGACACACAAUUUGGGCGGCCAAGCACACCCACCAAUCACCGCCCAUCAUGUCCAUACGCUCUUAGAGUACGCUAAAUUAACGGCCACUCCCCCCCUACCCCCAUCUGUGUAUUCCCACGUAUAUAUAUACACUCAACGCUGAGGUUAACAAAUACACUAGUGUCUUUGUUUUCCAGUUUAAACAACACGCCAUCUUGGCUACACUCCCUCUCUCCCUCCCACCCCUCGGGCUUACUAGCCGCUGUAACCUUUCCAAAAGGCAACUUUCUGCCUCUCCACAUCCCUCACAGAACCUUCCAAGUACCACCCAGGUAUACAGUGCUUCUUGAGCUAUACCCACCUCAGAACCUCCCCCAGCCACCAUACAGACCUUCCUCCCCCUCCCCCCCUCCCUGGCAACUACAGACCUCCCUGAAACCAUCCGCGGAAGAGCAUCAGCAUACCUAUAGCAUACUAGUUACUUUUAGUAUCCCUGCUUGAGCAAAUGCCAAAGGUUUUGCAGAACCUCUAAAUUCUUCAUUGAAACAGAUUUUACUUCAAUAAACCUUCGCAAAAAUC